UUGAAAAAAAAUUGAUGAGCUGGAGCUGGAGAGGAAGCACUUGAUACGGGGACAGCAAACGCUUCCCUACUUGCCGGCCGCCAUCUUUUUAACAAACAGCCUGCAGUCGCUCCCUACCAUUCCCUUACAAUCCCUUGAACAAUGGCGUGCCAGGCUCCGGCCAUGCGAUGGACCAGGGAAAUAACCCCAGCGCAGGUGCUGCAACUGAUCCGAGCCGAGCCAGAUCCCCGGAAGGCCCUCCUCAUAUUCGAUUCCGCCACCGCCGAAUACCCCUCAGGCUUCCGCCACGAUCUCCCCACUUUUUCCCUCAUGGCCACCCGCCUCGCCGCCGCCGGCCUCUUCUCUGCGGCCGAGUCCCUCCUCGAACGCGUUCCUUCCGAGAUCGGCCGGCCGCCUUCAGAAGCCCCCUUCCUCGUCCUCCUUCGCGCCUACGGCCGGGCUCACCGCCCCCUCGACGCCCUUCGCCUCUUCCACCAGGCUCCCACCCGCUUCCACCUCCACCCCUCCCACCGAUCCUACACCGCCCUCCUCGCCGUCCUCGUCGCCGAGAACCGCCUCGCCCUCGCCCGUGGCCUCUACAACCACAUGCGCGAGGCCGGCGUCCCCCCCACCGUCGCGUCCUACAACGUUCUCCUCAAGGCCCUCUGCAGCGCCACCACAUCCAGCGGCUCCGCGGCCGCCAGGUCCAUCGACGCCGCCAUCCGUGUCUUCGGCCGGAUGGCAGACCGGGGUUGCCCGCCGGAUUCUUGCUCUUAUAACACUCUUAUCGACGGCCUCUGCAAGAUUGGGAGGGUUGAGGAGGCCCGGGAGCUCUUUCGGCAGAUGGAUAGCAAUGGUUGCUCUCCCACCGUCGUCACCUACACCACUCUGAUCCAUGGCCUGUGCCGAACCGAUCGUUUGGAGGAAGCAUUGAAGAUGUUCGACGAAAUGGGCCAGAGAGGCGUUGAUCCGAAUAUAAUCACCUAUAGCUCGCUGGUGGAUGGACUCUGUAAGGGAGGCCGGUCGCUGAAAGCCAUGGUUUUGCUUGAUCAAAUGGGUGCGGAGUGCUGCCUGCCAAAUACGAUCACCUAUAGCUCUAUCAUCCAUGGGCUUUGUACAGAGGGAAGGCUUCGGGAGGCGGUAGAGGUUUUGGAUAGGAUGAGGCUCCAUGGGAGGAAGCCUGAUGCUGGAUUGUAUGGGAAGCUCAUCAAGGGGUUGUGUGAUUCUGGCCGGUUUCAGGAAGCUGCAAACUACUUGGAUGAAAUGGUUCUUAGUGGAAUUUCACCCAACCGUGUGACAUGGAGUCUCCAUUUGAGGAUUCACAAUAUGGUGGUGGUGGGGCUGUGCACAAAGAAUGAGUCGACCAGAGCUUUUCAGGUAUAUCAGAGCAUGAGAACUCGGAGCAUUUCUACCGAGCCAGAGGCAUUCCAUUUUCUAGUAGAGUGUUUCUGCAAGAAGGGUGAUGUGCACAAAGCUGCACGUAUUGUUAGUGAGAUGCUGCUUGAAGGGUGUGUACCUUAUCAGGAUACAUGGAGAACCAUCAUGGGUGGAUACUGGGAAAGGAGGAAGGUCCGGAAAGCAGCUGAACUGGUAUGGGAUCAGCUGGUGGUGGAUUAGUGUCUCAGGUUUCCCCGAGCAAUCUUAGCCUCUCUUUUGUCCACUGUGGAGGCUGUGAUGCUUGCCAUCUGGAAAAGUUCUGGAUUUUUAAUUCUGCAUCAUGUUGCAUGAUGAGGACAACAAAAGGGCUUUCACAAUGCAGGACUACACCUGCAACUUGAGAACACUGGAAAAAACAGAGAUUUGGAGCGACUGACAUCAACUGGAAGAAAGUGGAAAGCCAAUUCCAUGGCGGGUGGUGGGAAAGGUAACAAACAGCAUACUGCCAAAGACUCCAAUACCAAUUGGCAGGGAAGUGAGAACCUGCUUCAUCUCCUCAGAUGGGGUUGGAUAAAAGCAUGAGACCACACUCUGGUCGAAUAAAGCAACAGCCCCAAAAACCAGUAUCGACAUGAAGGCAUGGACAAAAUCUAUGAACUUUAUCCUAUAGUUAAUUGCAAUCUCUGGAGGAAGGGGUGCAGUUCCAUCGAUGACCCACAAGCCCCUGAAGGUUGCCAGCCCAUACCGAACCUCGCCAGACCCAUCCCGGAAGCUAUCUGUGAAGCUCUGGAAGAAGCAUGACAGCCCACAGAGAGCCACGAGGGCAGUGGUCAUAAAUCGGCUCAUGGGAUCACAGUGGCCUUCGUUGGUGAAGAUGGGGGACAGGAGUUGGAAGGCAAGAACGGUGCCUGUUGGGAGGAGGUUUGCAAGAUGGGCGGUGCUCCUGAAGGUUUGGCUGAUUGCUUUCUGUAUAAGAAUUCUCCGAUCAUCGUCAGCUGAUUUUGGAAUCAACAGAGGUUGUUGCUGCUGCUUCUGCUGAAGUUGAGCUUCUUCAUCGGCCAUCUUGGAUGCUGUCAUCACAAUUCUUUUCUGAAAGUCCCUCACCACGUUUGAUGUGUGUUGGGUAUAUAUAUAUAUAUUCAUAUGGUGAGGGAAGGGUGGACGCUUGUGAGUGGAAGGAACGGGAAGAGCGGGGGAAGCAGGGUGGUGGAAGGGAGGGUGGCUGUGACAUGGCUUGCAAGGAAGGGGAACCGAAACUGUUACUGGCUGGAAGCGAACGCUUCGAAAUGAUUUGAGUUAUGGUUACUUGUUGGAGGUGGCUAUGAUUUUUUGCAUAUCAACUGCUUGCUUCGAGCUUUGUGUAACAGAAAUCAAGAGAAACUUGCGGGAGAGAUGGGCUCUACUCGUUUAGUUUAUUUUGGACGUUCUUAUCAGAAUAUCGGGCUGUUGCCUUUUUUUUCGGCCAUCUUUCAGGAGAGGGAGUAAGCUGGCGACGUGGGAGUGCGUUGGGCUGCUACGGUCACGCGACAGGGCUGGUGGACCUUUAUUAAUGGCUUUAUAAAGAUUGGCACGCUUAAGGCAUUGGCUGCACCUCUCUUCUACGCUGGAUUUUGGUGGGGCUUGGCCAAACUGUUGCUUCUAGGUCCAAGAUGCUACGUUAUUUUAUGGUACACAUCGAUGUUAGAUGGUGUAAUUCUUUGAUGACCAUCUGAUUGAUUUGUUUUGUCGUGACACUUGGUAUUUUUUUUUUUUUUUGGGGUUAUCAUAUCAUUGGAAUUGCAUCAUAUUUUAGACCUAAGUGGAUGCUUUUCCUCUAUUGUAUAGGAAAUCACAUGAUACAAGUAGCUUAAUUAUUUGUUCAAAUAUUAAAAAAUGAAUUAUCCAUUUAAUUGGCUUCUAA